AUGCCAGUCAGAAACGUGGAACUUGGUCAAAAAGUCAAAGCAAGUAUUUGUGAGAAAAUCCCAAAUGCCAAAAUCGAUGUAAUGGAGUUAGAUUUAAGCUCACAUGCAUCUGUAAGGGAUUUCGCAUCUCAAUACAUUUCAAAGGAUCUUCCUUUAAACAUCCUAAUUCUCAAUGCAGGAAUCAUGUCUCCUCCAUUCACUCUUUCAAAAGACAACAUAGAAUUGCAGUUUGCAACCAACCAUAUUGGUCAUUUUCUUUUGACAAAUUUGUUGUUGGAUACAAUGAAAAAGACUUCAAGUAAAACCCAAAAAGAAGGAAGGAUAGUUGUUGUUUCAUCUGAGCUUCAGAAGAUGGCAUACCCUGAGGGAAUUAGGUUUGACAAGAUCAACGAUGAAAAGAGCUAUAGUGCUUUUCAUGCUUAUGGGCAAUCAAAGCUUGCUAAUUCAUUACAUGCUAAGGAGAUAUCAAGCAAGAUAGCUUUUAGUCUGUUGAAAAAUAUCCCACAAGGAGCUGCAACUACAUGCUAUGUAGCUAUGCAUCCACAAGUGAAAGGUGUUAGUGGUGAGUAUUUUGCUGAUUGUAACAUAUCCAAAGCAAGCAAAUAUGUUGAUGAUUCAGAAAUGGUUAAGAAGUUGUGGGAUUUCAGUUUGGAGUUGACUGAAUCAAAGUAA